AUGGACGUAUUUGGUGGCGCGCCGCGCUUCCUGGCCUAUCCCAGGCCUGUCGGUGUACAGAGCGGGACUGACGCAGUGCUGAAGUGUCAGAUCGGCGGAGAUCCAAGACCGGCAGUCAUAUGGGAGAGGAACAAUGAGAAGAUUGACCCACAGGGACGAUACCGCGUCUUUGAGGAUGGCAACGUUUACAAUCUGAUCAUAAGCGCCGUGACCAUGGAGGACAGCGGUCAGUAUAUGUGCAAAGCAAAGAACAGCAUCGGCGAAACGUACGCAGCGGCCACACUGAAGGUCGAAGGCGAGGGGCAAGAGCUCGAGUUAAGAGAGGAGAACAAACCGCGAUUCCUGAUCAAACCUCUAUCCACCCGAGCCGGUCGCGGAGAUGACGCUGUCUUCUCCUGUAAGCUCUGGGGAAGUCCACGACCAGAGGUGACCUGGGAAAAGGAUGGCAAAAAGCUCAGCGAAAUAUUCGAAAGCACUCACUUCAGCGUGAGUUACCAGGACGGCGGAUGGUUCCAGCUGAAGAUUUUUAAGACUCGCGCACCGGACGGCGGCGUGUACACCUGCAAGGCGAGGAACGAGUUUGGGGAAGCGCUGGCGGGAGCCGUGUUGCUCGUCGACGCGGGCCCCGGGCACGAGGAUGACGCAAACCGCAACGGCUACAACAACGGGAACAGAAAAAGUCACCAAGGCAAACAGAGGAUCAGCAGGCAGAUGCCCAAUCAGCACAAAGACCAGAUGACGACCAAGUCGACGAGAGUGAAAAUGUUUGCGGUGACGGAGGGGAAGCACGCAAAAUUCAGAUGCUUUGUGACAGGAAAACCCAAACCGGAAAUCAUUUGGAGAAAAGACGGAAGACUGAUACUGUCUGGAAGGCGAUAUUUGCUGUACGAGGAUCGAGAAGGAUACUUUACGCUCAAGGUUUUGUACUGCAAGCAGAAGGAUAACGGUGUCUACGUGUGCGCCGCAUCAAAUACGGCGGGCCAAACCCUCAGUGCUGUCCACCUCUCAGUCAAGGAGCCACCUGUGCGGUUCAAGCAGCCGCUCAUCGAUCUGGAGGUAUGGGAAAGGGACUUAGCUGUUCUUGAGUGUGAAGUCCCAGAGGACUCUGUCCCAAUCACAUGGUACCUGGAGGAUCGACGACUACAACCAGGAGCCAAAUAUGGAAUGGAGGAGUGGGGAACAAAGCGCAGGCUUACAAUCCGUGACAUCGGUGUUGAUGAUGACGGGAUUUACCUGUGCGAAAUGCCAGAUGGCGGACGAAGCAUCGCUGAGGUGGCAGUGAAAGGUCCAAUUAUGCGAAAGCUUCCAAGGAAAGUGGAUGUUUUGGAAGGUGAAAAUGCUGCCUUUUGCGUUGAAGUGGAGAAAGAAGAGAUGGACAUACACUGGUAUAAAGAUGGCGUGGAGCUGCGUGAAACGCAUCAGACCAUCUUGAAGUCUUUUGGUCAGACUCAUAUUCUAGUUUUUGUCAACACGAUGCCCCAAGACUCUGGCUUUGUGACCUUCUUUGUGGGGCGAUCCAAGACUUCCUCUCAGCUCAGAGUCAAGGCGGCCAGACAUUGUCCUCCGAGUGUCCCAGUGGGUGUGCAGAUCAACACAGAGCGGGCAAAUGCGGCACUUCUCUCAUGGACUCCAGCGCAGGACUCGCGCAAGAACCCUCCAUCCGGUUAUGUACUGGAGCGACAGGAAGUGGGUACGGGUUCACAAGAGUGGUUACAGUGCCUGACCACCGACUCGGCUACCUCGGUGGAGAUCCUAGGCGAUAGCGUGCCUUGUGAGGCCGAUUAUCGGUUCCGUAUUUGUAGCGUCAACAAAUAUGGAAAAAGCAACAAUGUGGAGUUCCCUCGAGCAGUGCAUCUGGUUCCGGUAGCCAGGAUACAAACCCCCUUACAGGAUGCACUGGUUCCAGAAGGACAAGAUGCAAUCUUCACCAUUGAACUAUCCGCAUCGGUCAUCGGCUCGUGGUUCUUAAAUGGAACGCAGCUUCAGGACGAUGAGCGUUUUUCCAUGCGCCGCUCGAGGACACACCAGUCUCUUCGGAUCCAAGGGGUUCGAGACACCGAAAAUGGAGCCGAAAUAACUUUUAUUGCAUACGGCAUUCGGGAUUCAGCUGCCUUGUACAUUCAAGCGCCUCUGGCCAAGUUUUCAUUGCUGUCAGAAAUGGAUCGAAACAAAUUUGUCGAAAUUGGGAACCCCAUUGUCCUGUAUUGUGAGAUCUCAGACCCCGCCGCUCCGGUACACUGGUACAAGAACGGGGUGGAAUUACAGACAACAGAGGGUCUUCACAUCCAGUCAGAGGGUACCAUGAGGAGGAUCGUCAUCCAAUCAGCAGAGUUCUCACAUUCAGGAGUGUAUUGCUGCGACGCCAUUGACGAUGUCAUCAGGUUCAAUGUAGAAGUCGAGGCCCCAUCUGUGAGAUUUUCAGCGAUUCCCGAAGCAGCGAGGAACAAAACCAUCCACGCAGGCUCCCAAAUUCUUUUACGCUGCGAGCUGUCAGAGCACAAUGCCCAGGUGCACUGGUACAAAGACGGCUCAAAGCUCUUUCCUCACAAUGGAGUAAAUAUUCAAGCAGAUGGACUGGUGAGGAAGUUGAUCAUCCCUUCGGCCGACUUUUACCACUCAGGGUUGUACUGCUGCAAGACAAAGGGUGACACCGUCACGUUCAAUGUGAACAUCAAAGCUCCACCGGUGACGUUCUGUCCGCUCCCUGAAGAAAUGAGGACCCAAUUGAUUGAAGUCGGGGGCCCCGUUGUACUACGGUGUGUGGUUUCUGAUCCGGAAGCCCCUGUUUACUGGUACAAGGAUGGAACCCGGCUCGUUUCGACCUCAGAGCUGGAAAUGCAGUUGGAUGGAACCACAAGGACUUUGGUUGUUCGGGACGCAGAGAUGCACCACUCAGGUGUCUAUCAAUGUAGAACAAAGGAUGACACGCUGGACUUUCAAGUUGAGAUAAAAGCUAAGCCGGUGAAGCCCGUCGAUCACCUUGACGUUAAGAGAGCCAAGUCCUUUGAAAUGGGCGAACCUUUGGUGCUGGAAUGUGAGGUGGCAGACUCCGUGUUGCCUGCACAGUGGUAUAAAGAUGGCAUGAAGCUCUUUCCGCACAAAGAGCAGGACAUACAGAGCAACGGCACUUUGAGGAGACUCGUUGUCCCUUCUGCUGAGCCUGUGCAGGAGGGCCAGUACCACUGCCAAACAUCAGAUGGGACAGUCCGCUUCACUGUGGGUAUGAGAGCGCCGUUGUCAGCCUCGCCGAAGUUGGCGGAGAAUCAAUCACUUGAGGACGCCUGCUCCUUGGAACAGCCACGUCAAAUUUCAGACACCGGGAUUUAUGGCCCACGCCAGGCCGAGGCGUCACUGCAGAAGGCGAAAGCCACCGUAUCAACUUCAGAACAAGAGUUUGUCAUGGAAGCCAUCAAGAAGACACUUGUCAUUGGACCAAGUCAUCCAUCAAACUCUGGAGCAUACUACUGUGCAACGGCGGAUGAUGUUGCUCCGUUAGUUGUCAAAACUCAAGUGCCGGCUGAAAGACGUGGUCCAGAUGUUGCGAGGGCCAGAUCUGCUAAAGAAUGCUGCCCGAUUGUGCAACAAUUUGAAAUUUCAGACCCCGUUGCCAAAGCUUGUUGGUACAAAGACGGAACUCCAUUCUACCCAGAAAUGGAAACUCAACUCAACUCAAUUCAACUCAACUGUAUUCAAACAGAAACUCUUGUUAAACCUGAACGCAGCAGCCAAGCCUGUUCACUUCCAAAAAUGGAAACUCUUGUUGAACCUGAAAGCAGCAUCCAAGCAUGUCUACUUCCAAAAACAGAAACUCUUGUUGAACCUGAGAGCGACAUCCAAGUCUGUCCACUUCCAGUCACGCUCAACACCCCUGCUGUUGAGAGUUUUCACUGCCAAACAUCUGACGACACGCAGUUAAAUGCGGACGUAAAAGCACGGCAGUGUCACCGCGGUGGUGAGAUUGCUGAGGUUUCUGAUGCAUCUGCCCAAAUCAGUGCGAAUGUCCAAGCUCCACCUUCAACAAUUUCAACACCGUGUCAGACUGAGAGGAUCGAGUCUGCCGAAGUGGAGGAACCCGUAGCGCUCCCUGUAGCGCCAUCGUGUGAGCCAUCAACUGCAAAUGAGGUCAUCUCUCAGCACAAUGAUGGAGUAAAAAAACACAAAGAGGCCGGCCAAGACCCGAUGGUGGAUGGUUCCCUGAGAGAAGCGGCUGUGAGUUUUGCGGUGCCAUCCGAUGUGGGGGUUCGCAGCUGUGAGGCAACAGGUGAUGCCGUGCCAUUUCAAGCGGAUGUUCAAGUUCCACUUCAGGCUUUGUCAGCUAUAAGAGAGGCUGAACAGAAACAGUCAGUCACGGAAGGCAUUCCCAUUGCUCUCCAUUGUGAGUUGUCAGACGCCAAUGGACAAGUCACGUGGUACAAAGAUGGAACAAGGCUCAGACCGGAAACUGGAAUUGGCAUCCGGUCAAAGGGUCAUUUGCAAAGUCGAGUCAGUCCGUGUACCCAGGUGGCUCAUUCAGGCGUAAACCAUUGUGAGUCAAAGGAUGACGACGUCCACGUCCAGUUCACUGCGGAAGUAAAAGAUGUAGCAUUCCCCACGAAGUUCUCAGAGCUUCAAGAGGCAGACAGGAACAAGAUCGUCCAAGAGGGCUCUGCCAUUGUCCUCAGCUGUGAACUGUCUCAAGAUUCGCCCGUUGACUGGUACAAGGACGGGCUCAAAGUACACCAACAGAGCAAUUUGGAGAUUCAAACGGAAGGUCGAAGAAGAACUCUUGUCAUCCCUUUGGCCCAAACCGCACACAGCGGCACGUAUGAAUGUGCAACAGACGGCGAUGCCGUCACAUUCAAAGUGGAUGUAAAAGGCCGAUUGCCACAUAUUAUGCCCGUUGCGCAAUCGGAGAAACACCGGACGAUUGCGGCGGGUUCUCCAAUCAUUCUCCAGUGCGAGGUAUCGGAUCCGGUUGUUCAGGUUUCCUGGUUUAAAGAUGAGGCCGACCUCUUUUGCAAAACUGGCCUCGAUAUGAAAAGAGAUGGCAACCUCAGAAAAUUACUCAUUCACUCUGCUAAAGUGUCGGACUCGGGCCUCUACGGCUGUAAACUGGCGGAAGAUGUUGUCACGUUCCAUGUGGAUGUCCAAGCUGCUCCUGUAAGAUUCGCAGCAAUUCCAGACAGAGAAAAGAACAAACUGGUAGAGGCAGGCAGCCCAGUUAAGAUGCAGUGCGAAGUCUCAGAGCCAAGUGCCCGAGUCCAGUGGCACAAGGAUGGUGGGCAGCUGCUUCCAAAAAGUGAUUUUGAAAUCCAAUCUGAAGCCACAUUGAGAGCCUUGGUCAUUAAAGCUGCACAAGUCAGACACUGUGGGGUGUACAGCUGUGAUUCUGCAGAUGACCACGUAGAAUUCAAGGUGCAAGUUGAAGCUGUUCCAGAAGUUAAAGCCAGACAGGCGCUUGAAGCAGGCGAUAUUGACAAAACGCAGCGCAAGGGCUCAGACGCCACAGGCCGCCCUGUCUUGUAUGAGGAUGGAAUCAAACGCUUUCCCAAAUCCGCUGACAAGAUCGAUUCGGAAGAGCUCACGAGGACAUCCGAUCUGGACUCUGCAGUGUCGUCGGUCUCUGGGGAGUACAGUUAUAAAAGUGACGAUGAGCCCGAGUCCAACGAUUGCUUUGCGGAGGUGAAAGCCCCACCGGUCACAUUUGCCGACGUCCCGGAGGAGGAACUUUUCAAGAGCGUGGUGGAGAAGUCGGAGCUGGGCCUCUCGUGCCAGGUGUCGAGGUCGGACGCUGUCGUCCAUUGGUACAAGGACGGCGCUGAAAUCCGGCCCAAUAGCAACAUGACAAUGCGAGCCGAAGCCACAAAGAGACAUCUUGCAAUCCAGUCAGCCCAGCUGUCUGACUCGGGCGUGUACACUUGCCGCGCAGGAGACAACGCUGUCAUGUUCAAGGUGACCAUUCGAGAACCCCCGGUGAUGAUCGUAUACCCAAAAGAAGACGUCCGCCUUGAGCGUCACGUACCCGAAGAAAUUAUUCUCAGCUGUGAGCUCUCCCGUUCAAAUGGAGUGGUGAGCUGGUACAAAGAUGGCCAAAAGCUCCAAAUGAGCGAGAAUAUCAAACUGGAUGUCCAAGGCCCUUAUCGGCGACUGAAGAUUCUGAUGAGCAGAGUCGAGGAUUCCGGAGAAUAUGUUUGUGAUACAGCCGACGAUUCCAUAUUCUUCAACCUCAGCAUUACAGAACCUCCGGUGCAGAUUGUAUCUCCGAGUCAGUCCCAAAUGGAACUGUGCCAGCAAGUGUCAGAGAGGAUGGUACUGAGCUGCGAGAUCUCACGGCCAAAUGCGGUGGUCCGUUGGUACCGAGAUGGACUUGAGGUAGAGGAGAGUCACAACCUCAUACUGGAGGUAGACGGCGUAUACAGACGCCUCGUUAUACCCGAGACCACUGUCAAAGAUUCCGCCGAAUACGUCUGCGACACAACCGAUGACUCAAUGACCUUCUUUGUAAAUAUAGCCGAGCCUCCUGUCCGCUUUGUCCGUCCCCGAAAGAUCGUGAACAGACUCGAAAAAAAAGUCGGCGAAUCCUUGGUCCUAGAAUGUGAGGUGUCCAGACCGAACGCUGUGGUUCUCUGGAAGAGGAACGGAGAAGAAGUGGAAGACUCCCCAAACGUCACGGUCGCGGAAGACGGUGUCAUGCGUCAAUUCACUGUUCAUUCGCUGACUUCCGAAGAUGCCGGCAUAUAUGUCUGCGAUGCAAAAGAUGACGUGAUGGAUUUUCACGUUAAAGUCAAAGAGCUGCCCGUGCAAAUUAUUGGGAAACCCGCUGCGAAAACCGAACAGCAAUUCCUGGUUUCCGAUGACAUCAUUCUAGUGUGUGAACUGUCCAGACCAAACGCGUCUGUCAGCUGGUACAAAAAUGAUCGACCGAUUGACGAUAGCGGGCGCUACUGCUGCGAGGAGCAGGGCGUUUUCCGAUCAUUGGUGGUCCUAAACGCUUCGCCGGCGGAUUCAGGAGAGUACACUUGCGAUGCAGCGGACGAUAAGAUGGUCUUCCAUAUCACAGUCGCAGAGCCCCCGGUCAAGAUCGUUGGAAAUUCUGGUCACCCGGAGCAUCACAUACUACUGGCGGGAGAAGACCUUAUUUUAGAGUGUGAGGUGUCUCGGCCAAGCGCCACCGUUCGGUGGCUCUGGAAUGACGAGAUCCUGGAACCGGACACCCGCGUUAAAAUUUACUGCCACGACGUCACAAGGAAGAUUGUUGUCUCUCAACUUCAGCCGUCGGACUCUGGAAAAUAUGUUUGCGAUGCCGCCGACGACAAGCUGACGACCGUCGUGGAGGUGCAGGAGAUCCCGGUCCAGUUUGUGAAUAAAAAGGCAACUCAUAAAAUGUUGGCCUAUGAAAACGAGAGCGUCACUCUGUGUGCUGUCGUGAGCCGAGACAAAGCUAAUGUGCGCUGGUUGAAAGAUGGCCAACUCCUGAACAAGGACAACAUUCACAUCUCCGGCGAGGGGAAUACCCACAAGCUCACCAUUAAUCCCCUGCAGCUGUCAGAUUCCGGAGACUACGUCUGUGAUGCAAACACAGAUGAGAUGCAUUUCAGUCUUUUUGUCAAAGAAAUGAAGGUGAAAUUCAUCCGGCCGCUGGAGAACGUCGCGUCGCUGAAGGGCAGCAGCCUGACGUUACGAUGUGAGAUCAAUAAGUCAAAAGGAGACGUCCAGUGGUUGAAAGACGGCCUCGAGAUCUCACCAUGUCCACGUCACCGGAUACGAGCGCAAGGUCGAGAGCGAAGUUUUACAAUCUUCGAGGUUCUUGAAGACGACGCCGGCAAUUAUGCCUGCGAAAGUGCAGAUGACAGAACCUCGGCGACGGUCACUGUAACCACCCCCCGUGUUGUGGAGUUCAUAGCGGAACUCUGUAACAUCACGGUUUGCGAACGGGAAGACGCGGUAUUUCGGUGUGUGGUUUCACCAGCGGACGCUCAUUUGGUGUGGCUCCUGAACGGCAAACCGGUAGACCCGAAUGAGCGCGCCGUUGUUUCGAGCAAUGGACUCUGCCACAGCCUCUGUCUCCGCAACUGCACUCUUUCCGAUCGCGGCACAGUGACGGCCGAUGCCGAGGGAUUGCUAUCGAAGGCGGAGCUCCAGGUUCAAGAACAGCAGGUGCGGUUCACCAAGAAGAUGGCGCCGGUUACGGCUGAGGAAUACGGCGAGGCGACCUUGGAGGUGGAGGUGAGCCUGGAUUCCAGCGAAGUUCAGUGGAUGAGGCAAGGGGUGUUGAUCCACCCCGGGGCCAAAUACACCCUGAACCAGCAGGGCCCCAAGCACAGCCUGACCAUCCACAAAGUGACCGCGUCCGACCGGGGCAGCUACAGCUGCGAGACCCUUCACGACUGCACGCAAGGCCAGCUCACGGUGGAACCUCGAAAAGUCACCAUCAAGAAGGGCCUGAGCGACCUGACAACCAUGGAGAGAGAAACGGCCUCUUUGGAGGUGGAACUGUCCCAUCCCAAUGUGGCCGGCACCUGGUGGCGAAACGGGAAGCAGCUCAAGCCGACGAGCCACUUCCGCAUGAGCGCCAAGGGACACGUCCACAGCUUGACUAUUUGCAACCUCUCGGUGGACGACACGGCCGCCUUCAUGUUCUGUGCCGAGAAGCUGAAAACGUCGGCGCGGCUUGUUGUCAGGGAACCUCCAGUGACAAUUUUCCGAAAAUUAGAGGACCAGAGAAUGCCCGAGGGCUCAGUCAUCUCCAUCGAAUGCGAACUGUCGAGGCACAAUGUGGACGUGAAAUGGAUGAAGAACGGCAGCGAGGUGAAGCCGGGCAAAAACGUGCGAAUUUACGCCAUCGGAAGCAAGCGAUUUCUUCAGAUCAGCAAAUGUCUCGUCAGUGAUUCUGGCAUGUACACCUGCGACGCGGGACAAGUGGCGACAAGCGGCACCGUGGAGGUCUAUGAACGGGAGCUGCUGGUUGUCCAGGGCCUGGAGGAUUUAAGCAUCGACGAAGAUCACAACGCCGUCUUCGUUUGCGAGAUCUCAGUGGAAGACGUGCCGGGAGAAUGGUACAAAAACGGAGAGAUGAUACAUCCCACCAGUACCAUCAAGACCCGACAGGAAGGGACCAAACACUUUCUACUCAUGUGCAACGUGCGACCCGAGGACUCCGGGGAGAUCAGAUUUGUUGCGAGACACGUGGACUCAGUUGCCAAGUUGCAGGUGAAAGAGAUUCCCCUGAGCAUCGUGAAGCCUCUGCAGGAUAAAACGGCGCUGGAGAAGAGCCGCGUGAUGUUGGACUGCACCGUGUCCAACCCGCGCUGCAGCAUCCGCUGGUACAAAGGCAGCAACGUCAUCCUGCCCUCCGAGCGCUUCGAGAUCAGCAGCGAGGGCUGCUAUCGCAAACUGAUCAUCCAGCACGUGGCGCUGGACGACGAAGGCACCUACAGCAUGCAGGUCGGGGAGUACACGUGCUCGGCAAAACUGACGGUGGAGGCUCAGCCUGUUGCCAUGGUGAAAGAGCUGCGAGACGCGGAAGUGGUGGCCCCCGGGGAAGCCCGCUUCGAAUGCGAGGUGUCGGCCCCCGUCCACAAGCCGCCCACCUGGAGCCUGAACGGGGAACCCGUAUUGCCCGGGCCUCAAGUGCGCCUGGAGAAGCUGGGCAGCGUACACAGGCUGACCCUGCGGCAAACCUCCACGGCCAUGAGCGGAGUGGUCGACUUUGCUUGCGGACAAGCCAAAAGCUCAGCUCGGCUCACAGUCUUGAGUGAGUGACACGGUUUCUCUGAUUCGUUGUUGUUUGUUUUUAAAUACCAGAGCAAAGCAGAUAAAACACGACCCACUGCAGAACGACUGCCCAAUUUACUGAACCCAGCUUUAGUUGCCAAGUCAUGAGCAGAAAAGCUCCGUUUUGGAGAAUACUGAUGAUCAUUAUUUGAUUGAUGUGUAAUGUAGAACACUUAUGAAAUGAUUCAGGGGUCGGUGCUCAAUGUUUUUGUUUCCAUUUCUGCAAUAGGCCGUCGGGCUUAUUUCUUAUUCACCGCAUUUAACUCAGAUUGUACAAGCAACUGAAAAUAAAACAAUUUACCA